AUGCCUCUGACAUUUACUUAUCCACCUUCCUUUUGGAAACGGUUCUGGUGCCUAUUACCACACAAAGCAUUCAAACCAUGGUGGCAACUACUACAAUUCUGCAUUAGCACACAACAAAAGCUCCAUCGAUUUCGCGUUCCUCAGGUUGACAGCGAUGUACGCACACUCUGCAAAAUUGAUGAAGAUGAAGAUACAGGAUUUCCCAAAAGAAGUGGAACAUGA